AUGUCAGUUAUUGAAAUCACAUCGAAAGAGCAUUUCACCCAGGUGACCGAUGUUCCAAAGGACAAGCUGCUGGCGUUAUAUUUCCACACCCAAUGGGCUCCUCCCUGUAUCCAGAUGAACACUGUAUAUCAGACCCUAUCACAACAACACCCUGAAGUUUCGUUCAUUUCUAUCAAUGCUGAUAACCACAGUGAACUCAGCGAGAUGUUUGAUGUUAGUGCAGUUCCUUUUUUCGCUUUGAUCAGAGAUAACACUAUAUUGAAGGAGAUGAGUGGCGCCGACCCCAAGGAAUUUGUCACAUCCUUGAAUGAGCUAACCAACGGCAAGAGCACCGGAGAAGACUCUCAAAGAAACGAGCAACACAAUUCAACUGCACCCGGAGACGAGACAGAAGAACAGCUGAAUUUGCGUCUGUCUAAGUUGACAAGUGCCGCACCAGUAAUGCUUUUCAUGAAGGGAACGCCUGCUUCCCCUCAAUGCGGGUUCUCCAGACAAGUAGUUGCCAUAUUAAGAGAGCAUCAGGUCAGAUUUGGGUUCUUUGACAUUCUGAAAGAUGAUUCAGUUAGACAAGGUCUAAAGAAGUUUAGUGACUGGCCUACUUUCCCCCAAUUGUAUAUUAAUGGUGAGUUUCAAGGUGGUUUAGAUAUUAUAAAAGAGAACUUACAAGAAGACCCCAAAUUCUUUGAGAACACCAUAUAG